AUGGCCUCAAAGACGACGCAGCCUAGCGUUGGUGCACCAAAUCAAACGUUGUAUUGCACUAACCUCCCCGAUAAGCUCAAGAAGCCUGAUUUGAGAACGGCGCUGUACACACUCUUUUCCACCUACGGUGUGGUGCUCGAUGUUGUAGCCAUGAGAUCCAAGGGUAUGCGUGGACAAGCACACGUCGUGUUUAGGGACGUUCAAACAAGUACGCAGGCUAUGAGAGCGCUGCAAGGUUUCGACUUCUUUGGAAAGGAAAUGAAAAUCGUUUACGCCAAAGGAAACUCCGAUAUCGUCGCAAAGCUGCGCGGCACUUACAACCCUUCAGGCGUGACCGCAGACCAAGGCAUAUCAACUGAUCUUCAGAAAUCUAUUUUCAACGCUCCACCGUCUGCAGCCAAUGCUGCUACAACAGCUCCGCCCAAACCGGUCAAUGGCCAGACAUCCGAGCCACCAGCCCCACAGGGCACAAAACGAACUCGAGACGAAGAGAGCGAAGGCGAGGCACCGAUGGACGAAGAAAGUGAUGUUUCUAUGGAAGCAUCUUCCGAUGAGGAUUAA